AAUGAUAUGGGUCACGAAUGACUAUUAGGAGAAAAUAUUGCAGAGAAACAGACCGAUAUUGGGUCUACAUAGUCGCCCCUCAUCUGCUCCCAUAGAUGUUAAGAACCCUCAGACAUGUGGAUGCCCACUGUAGCCUACACCGAAACCGCUUCCUCUCACCCUCCUCCUUCUCAUCUUUACCCUGUUUCCUAUCCUCUUCUCCACCCUCCCCUUUCCACUUCAGCCUCUCCAUUCGGCCAGCCACCGCGGCGGUUUUGAUUUCUCCUAGUUUCGACGUAACCAAGCCCACUACGCGUCUCGGCAUGUUGAAGCUGUUUUUUUUAAGCCAGCUGUAACCUCGGAAUCUGCCUUGGUUGUCGACGGCGAGUAGAACGCAGAGAGAGUGGGUAUCCCCUCUCCAGACGGCAGUUACUGGAUUAGAAACAUUUUAUUGUUGCUGUUACAAUGUUUGAUGCCGUUCAGAAUCUCAGGCAAUCCCCGUCAUGACCUCACUCACCCGCCCUGUCAAUUCACUGAAUGGGGUUUCUCAUCGCGCAGUUUGCUCUCUAUUGUGAACACUGAUACCGCUUAUUAUUGAGACUUUCAUCGAUGACAGAGUGAACGACCUGAAGUCUCUGUUUACAUUCGCAAGCCCAACAAUACAUCUGUUUCACAAAGAAGUCACUGACGUUUAACUGGGGUGAGUAACUUGCCGUUUUCGUGUUCAAUAUGUGUCAGGAUAAAAAUCAAAGGCUGUCUUUAACACAAUGUACGCUGUGCUCUCGAUAUUGUGUGAUAUCUGAGAUCAUAUGCCGCGUAGCGUAGCGCCUACGUAGCCUAUUUGGAAUAUUCAUUUUGUUUUGAUUGCUCGGCUGGCGCGUUUCGAGCUAUCGGAAUCACCAGCAUUGAAUUUUGGAAUUUUCUAAGGCCACCAGCAUGGGCGGCAGUAAGAGUAAGCCCAAAGACCCCGGGCCACGCCCACCCAGUCUGGAUGACCCCACCAGCUCCGCCGGGGGCACCGCCCAGCAGCCCGUCCCACCCCAUCGGAGCCCGGCGGCGGACGGCCAACGCCAGCCACCCAGCAACCCGGAGAUGUCUCUCUUCGGAGGCGUGGAGUCAGCCAACAACAGCAUCACGUCCCCCCAUCGGAGCACCCUCUUAGGUGGGGUGACCACAUUUGUGGCGCUGUACGACUACGAGUCCCGCACUGCCUCGGAUCUGUCCUUCAGAAAGGGAGAGACGCUCCAGAUUGUCAACAACACGAGAAAGAUGAAUUGCAGGGAAGGUGAUUGGUGGCUGGCACGCUCACUGGCAACUGGGGAAAGCGGCUACAUCCCCAGCAACUACGUCGCCCCAUCAGACUCCAUCCAGGCAGAAGAUCUUCUCAGAAUGUCACUGGACAAAAGGUGGUACUUUGGGAAGGUCACUCGCAGGGACUCUGAGAGACUGCUGCUCAACCUGGAAAACCGCAGAGGAACCUUUCUUGUGCGUGAGAGUGAAACCACCAAGGGUGCCUACUGUCUGUCAGUUCUAGAUUACGAUAACACCAAAGGGCUGAAUGUGAAGCACUACAAGAUCAGGAAGCUGGACAGCGGUGGCUUCUAUAUCACAUCCCGCACCCAAUUUAGCACACUACAGCAGCUGGUCAAUCACUACCGCAAGCACACGGACGGUCUGUGCCACUGCCUGACUGAGGUGUGUCCUGUGCUGAAGCCCAUGACUCAGGGUCUGGCCCGGGAUGCCUGGGAGAUCCCACGCGAGUCCCUGCGCCUGGAUGUCAAGCUGGGCCAGGGCUGCUUCGGGGAGGUCUGGAUGGGCACGUGGAAUGGCACAACGGGAGUGGCCAUAAAGACCCUGAAGCCAGGCACCAUGUCCCCUGAGGCGUUCCUGAUGGAGGCUCAGGUCAUGAAGAAGCUCCGGCACGAGAAGCUGGUUCAACUCUACGCUGUGGUGUCAGAGGAGCCCAUCUAUAUUGUCACUGAGUACAUGGGACAAGGAAGCCUGCUGGACUUCCUCAAGGGAGACAUGGGCAAGAUGCUGCGACUACCUCAGCUGGUGGACAUGGCCUCUCAGGUUGCAUCCGGCAUGGCGUAUGUGGAAAGGAUGAACUAUGUGCACCGAGACCUGCGUGCAGCCAACAUCCUGGUGGGGGAUAACCUGGUGUGUAAGGUGGCCGACUUUGGCCUGGCUCGCCUCAUCGAGGACAAUGAGUACACCGCCAGGCAGGGGGCCAAAUUCCCCAUCAAGUGGACAGCUCCUGAGGCUGCUCUGUACGGCCGCUUCACCAUAAAGUCAGACGUCUGGUCCUUUGGCGUGCUGCUGACUGAACUGGCCACCAAAGGCAGGGUGCCAUACCCAGGCAUGGUGAACCGUGAGGUGCUGGACCAGGUGGAGCGAGGCUACCGCAUGCCGUGCCCGGCGGAGUGCCCCGAGUCUCUGCACGACCUCAUGCUGCAGUGCUGGCGCAAGCUGCCCGAGGAGCGGCAUACCUUCGAGUACCUGCAGGGGUUCCUGGAGGACUACUUCACCUCCACAGAACCCCAGUACCAGCCUGGAGAGAACCUUUAGACAACCCCCUACGGCCAAUCACAAUCAUUCAUGUCUGUGUGUCCAUGUGUGGCAGUGUUUGUGUGUCGGCGGCGCGUCAGUUUUGGUGUGAGUGGCGGUGUUGAUCUAACCCCAACACCUGGAGAGCGAGGAGUGAUCAGAUAGUUCUGAUGGUCUUUGAGUGUACUCUUAGUGUGUCACCCCUACUGUAUGAGGGGCUGUUGUUGUAUUCUUCACUGGAUUCACUGGUCGGGGGGGUUGGGGGGGGGGGGUCAUGGUUGUUAUGUGGGUCGGGCUGCAGGUCAUGUGUGAUUGAUCAGAGCUCUGGAUCUUUUGUUCAGCCUCGCUCUGCUUUCUUAAGCCCCCCUCCCAGCGUACACCCCCCCUGGCAGAUGCUCCAGAUCUGUCAGUCACCCUCUAAACUGCUCCCCCAUUUGCCCACUCUUACCCAGUUGCCUGCACCCCUACACUCCACCCCCGACAAAAAGACUGCUGACACGCAUGCAGACAGGGUUCAACGGGUUUGUUCGGCAGUCCUCAUUAGCUUGACUGUCUUUCACACACACACACACACACACACACACACACACACACACACACACACACACACACAUGAAAAAUACAGAUACAGCUGAGCCUGUACAGUACAUUUGUACAUUUUGUGUGUAGGUGUGAUUCUGUGUAUGAGUGUGUAUGAGUGGCUGUGUGUGUAUGGGAGCAUGUAUAGAGAAAUGUCUUCCAAUUUAUACCAGUGAUCUCAGAAAAAAAAUUCUCUUUAAGGUGUGUGUAUGUGUGCGCGCACAUAUCUGUGUGUGUGUGUGUGUAUGUGUGUGUAUGUGUGUGUGCACAUACCUGUGUGUGUGUGUGUGUGUGUGUGUAUGUAUGUGUGUGUGCACAUACCUGUGUGUGUGUGUGUGUAUGUGUAUGAACAUGUACCUGCUCUUUUGUGUCUGAUAGAGUGAGUGAAAGUGUUUGUGAUGAAAGGGUGUUUUUCACCCCUCCUUGUAUUUUAUCGUGGACUAACUGGAGCUGGUGUUGUGUGAAGGCUUAGGGUGUGUAGGGCGCUCGAGUGGAGCUCUAGAGACUGUCAGUCAUCAGCGACAAGCCCAACCCUCUGACUCCAGCACCCGGCCUCUGAGUCUAACACAUCAGCUAUCACGCCCAGGAUGCAGCUGGUCUCUUCAGGAAGUCACCAUCUGAUUCCUUUUGUACAAAUGAUAAAAAACUAACAUUAAGUAUAUACAAAUACUACUGAUCUCUAAAUGGGAACUACUACCCUACAUUUUUGUGCCAAUGAGAAAUAUUUUUUGUACUUUCUGUACUUUGUAUAAAGUGUAUUUUUAAUAAUCCAAUCUUUUCCUAUCCUAUCAGGAGGUACCUUUGACAAAUCUGUCAUUAAAUCUAUGCUAACUUGCGUAAUAUGUCUUUCCCUGUAAUCAGAAAUAUUGUCAUCCAACCCCGUCCAGAUAGGACACAGUCAUGGGAGAUGUGUUGUGACAGCUUGUGUAUUGUUCAGUCUGAAAGAAUGAAAACAAACAGUUGGACUAUGUAUAAUUUCCGAUGUGUAAGAGUAAGUAAUUUCAUCUAACCAAAAGAACAUACAAGAGGUGGCUUACCUAUUGUAGAAUGAUUCUGUAUGUUAGUCGCUGGCAGUCUUCUACCACUACAAGUACAACUGCAAGCCUGGCCAUGCAAUGUUGUAGUGCAAAGUGAGUCAGCUCCAAGAUUAGGAGCAUAUAUGUGUGAAAGGCUCUAAUGAGAAGGCUGCAUUUGCAGGGCCUAAAUGUCAGUAUAAUGUGUGUUCUGUUUGAAUUACAGCCUCUGAGUUGACAGCAUUACAUCAAUAAACACACACACACACUGAAUCCUCAGACAGUGGCAUUCAUUCAGCAGGUAUCACUGUUUUGUCAACUAUAUGUCUUGUAAGUGGCAGUGAUGAACGCUGGUGUAGGAUGGCAGGAGUAUGGCCUUUCUUAUUCUCUCAACAUCCUCCAAUCAUUACUGGGUAUUGUGCUUCUCUAAAUGAAGAGGGGAAAAGAAGGGAAAUCACAAUGAUGGAGAUGAGGGUGGUGGUAUUAAGGCUGUUGGUCCUGAUGAGAAUGACGUAGAAACGCUAGCUGUCCUAUGAUGGCAUAUAGAGGGGCAUGCAGGUUUAGCGGUGCUGUAGGCUUUUUAUGGUUCAGUAGCAGAUGGAUGGGAUCCACGGAACCUCACAGUUGUAAAUACAUUUGAUCAAAAUGUCUUUUUAUUGUAAAUGUUGCAUUCAUAAUUUGUUCCUAUUUUUACAGAAUAUCUUCAUCUCCCAUUUUGCUUAUUUUUUUUUCAUUCCCAAUCUCUUGAGUCACACUUGCCUUGUAACAACAGACAUAUACAGCCUCAAUAGAGCAUCACACAAGCUUAGGGACUAAGACUAUGGCCAGAUAUGUGUUAGAUCAUUGGGCAUCUUAAUCCUGUUGUGUUCAAUGGAAUGAGCCAUUGAAUUCGAUUCUUCUGUGAUGGCAAAGCAGAAACAGGAGGUUACAGGAGAAACCAAAUGUUGUUAUAUACCCAUACGCCAAGACUCUACCAUUCAUCUGCUUAUCUUUAAUACCUGCAUGUCUCGCCUCACUCAACUCAAACACACACACAAAGACACACACACAUACACACUGUGCUCCCAUUUAUCCAUUAAAAAAAACCUUGGGGUGUGUGUGUCUGAUAUUUUAUGGACAAUAGUUACUUUGUAAUACAAUUAUUAUUGUAAAAGAGAGUAGUUCUUUUGACAGGGGACUUCAUGGUGAUGGAUUACCUUUUGUGACCAAAAUCCAUUGUAUUUUCUUCAAAUGGGGAUGCCAAAAGUUGUUUUGCACAAACCACUUUUAUGUCCAUAGCCUGCUGUCCUAAUGACUGCUGUAAAAUGUUGAAAUAUAAACUUUGAUACAGAAUAUUUUAUCAAAUGACAAAUGGACUGUCCCUUUUGUAUAAUCUGAUUGACAAAUUGUAAAAGAAUCUGUAAUGAGAUGGCUUGAAAGUAUCUUGAUCAUUUUCUAGAAUUCUUCACCUAUGCAGUUGCUAGGUUUUAUUGUCCUUUUUCCAUUUUAAAUUUAAUUUAAGGCAAUCUUUUGUACAGAGCUGCAAGGUCACAUUUGUCAAAUCAAGUUAUAAUUAUCCUUGUAAUCUAUGUUCUCUUUUUAAAAGUGCAAUAAAUUAUGUUUCUAAA